UCGGCGUCUGGGCGCGAAAGCUCGAACUCUGUUGUGGGGCUAGAGUCGGCGGGAGCCGCUGCCGACAAGUUGAGAGGGCCGGAGAUAGGUUCAAGGAGCCGCGCACCGGGAAGGCCGGAGUCAUGACCGGCGAGGUGGGUUCUGAGGUUGACCUAGAAAUCAGUGAUGUAAAACUUAUUUCACAAGAAGCAGACAGCCCUUUAGAUAGUGGACAAGGCAGCCUUGAAACAAUUGAUCCCUUGAGUGAAAGAGAUUCAGAUGAAGAGAUAUUUCUGAGUAAGAAGUUGAAAAGCAGGAAGGUGCUACAGGACAGUGAUUCUGAAACAGAGGACAACAAUGCCUCUCCAGAGAAAGCCACGCCUGACAGUGCCGAGGAAAAUAAAGAGAACUCACAUGCUAGGAAGAGUGCAAAAAUGAAAAGGGUUUCCAGAACUCUGGCUGACAGUGAUGAAAGUAAUAUGGGAGAAUCUUUAUGUCAGGAAAAUCUUGACCCUCAAGAGACACCUUGCUUCGAGUUGAAUCAUCCAUCUGGAAACUCUGCAGACUUUACCACCAUUGACAGAAAGCUUUCCAAGAAAUCCACAUGCGAUGGAGAAGGAGCUGGAGGAAAAGUAAAAGGCAAAUCAAAGAGACGACUUGAGAAAGAGGAGAGGAAUAUGGAAAAAAUUAGGCAGCUGAAAAAGAAGGGAACAAAAUAUGAGGAAAGUGAUAUAGACCAGCAAUUUAAUGACAGUGGCUGUCUUCUUGCGGAUAAUGAUCUUUUUGAAACGGGUUUGGAGGAAGAAAAUAACUCUCCAUUGGAAGAUGAAGAGUCAUUAGAAUCAAUAAGGGCAGCUGUGAAAAACAAAGUAAAAAAUCACAAGAAAAAGGAACCAUUUUUGGAGAGUGGGACCUUUUCAUUUGAAGAAGAAAAUGAGUUAUGCAAAGGCACUGGGAGGAAGGAAAGAAAAGCAGCAAAGUUAAGCAAGGAAGCAUUAAAAAAACUGCACAGUGAGACUCAGAGACUUAUCCGAGAAUCUGCACUUAAUCUUCCUUAUCAUAUGCCUGAGAAUAAAACCAUUCAUGAUUUCUUCAAACGUAAACCCCGGCCCACUUGCCAGGGAAGUGCCAUGGCUCUGCUGAAGUCGUCUAAGUAUCAGCCAAGUCAUUACAAGGAAACCAUAAACACUGCAAAUGCAACUGAGAUCAGUGUUGGUGACUGCAGCAAAGGCCCUGAGCUGACAACGGGUGCAGAGCGGGAAAGAGAAAUUCAUGUUCUCCCUGAGGUUUCAAAAGAAGCUCAGCUCGCUGCUGCAUCGGAUGAGGUUUGCAGGGAGGAUCUGUUGAGUGUAGAGCUGGAAAUUCAGGAGAAUCAGAAGCACAGUGAUGACAAACGUCCUGGGGACAGGUCAGUGUCACAGCAGGAACCCAUGGUCUUCAAGACCCAGGCCACUGAGGAGCAUCAGGUUGGAGAGCUCAUGUCAUCUGGCCUUCCUGCUCUGGACGGAGAAGACAUGAAAAAACCAGAAGAAACAGAUGAGAAAGUGGAAGAACCCGUGCAGGAAACAAAAUUAUCAGCACUUGGGCCUCCCGAGAAAGCAAGAAGAUUCACUGUGGAUCGACUUAAGCAGCUGGGAGUGGAUGUCUCCAUUAAACCUCGGCUGGGCGCUGAUGAAGAUUCCUUUGUGAUACUUGAUGAACCUGAAACCAACAGAGAAUUGGAAGCCUUGAAGCAGCGUUUCUGGAAACAUGCUAAUCCAGCAGCCAAACCCAGGACUGCUCAAACGGUGAAUGUGAACAUCAUAGUGAAGGACUUGGGCACUGAUGGAAAAGAGGAGCUAAAGGCAGAUGUGGUAUCUGUGACUUUGGCAGCCGAGAAGCUGGAUGGAACAAGCCACACAAAACCAGGUGAAAAGCUGCAGAUGCUAAAAGCUAAGCUGCAAGAGGCAAUGAAACUCCGAAGACUUGAGGAACGGCAAAAGCGUCAGGCAUUACUUAAGUUAGAUAAUGAAGAUGGAUUUGAAGAGGAGGAGGAAGAAGAAGAAAUGACAGAUGAGUCUGAGGAAGAUGGAGAAGAGGAAAUAGAGGACGAGGAAGAGAAAGAACAGGAGGAAGAGGAGGAACAAGGCAAUCAAGAGAUUUCAGAAUUCCUUCUUGGUAGUGAAGAUACAGAAACUAAAGAUGAAAAAGAGAUGGAUAAAGAAAAUUCUGACGUCAGUAGUGAAAUUGAGAAGUCAGUUGGCCUCUCUGUUCCCAAGCCCCUCUCAGCGGAUUCUACCUUACUUCUGUUUAAGGACAGCUCUUCCAAGAUGGGUUUCUUUCCUACUGAAGAAAAAUCAGAAACAGAAGAAAACUUGGGCAAACACCCUGGCAAACUGGAUGAAGAUGAUUCGUGUUCAUUACUAACAAAGGAGAGUAGCCACAAUAGUAGCUUUGAGCUAAUUGGCUCCACAAUUCCAUCCUAUCAGCCUUGCAACAGACAAACAGGCCGUGGGACCAGUUUUUUCCCUACAGCAGGAGGAUUCAGAUCCUCUUCCCCUGGGCUGUUUCGAGCCAGUUUGGUCAGCUCAGCUUCGAAGAGUUCAGGGAAACUGUCUGAGCCUUCACUUCCCAUAGAGGAUUCCCAGGAUCUGUAUAACGCCUCCCCAGAGCCUAAGACACUUUUCCUAGGAGCAGGAGACUUCCAGUUUUGUUUAGAGGAUGACACUCAGAGCCAACUGUUGGAUGCAGAUGGGUUCUUAAAUGUUAGAAACCACAGGAAUCGAUAUCAAGCUUUGAAGCCUCAGUUGCCAUUGGCCAGUAUGGAUGAAAACGCCAUGGACGCCAACAUGGAUGAGUUGCUGGACUUGUGUACUGGAAAGUUUGCAUCUCAGGCAGAAAAAUGUCAACCUCAGAAGAAUGACAAGAAAGAUAACAUGGAGGAGCUUCUAAAUCUUUGCUCAGGCAGAUUCACCUCUCAGGAUGCCUCCAUGCUGGCUCCAUUGGAGUUGAGUAAGCAGGAGAAAGAGAAUAGCAUGGGUGAUCCAAUGGAAGAAGCCCUUGCUCUUUGCUCAGGCUCUUUCCCAACAGACAGGGAGGAAGAAGGUGAAGAGGAAGAAUUUGGAGACUUUCGGCUUGUCGCAAAUGAUAAUGAAUUUGAUAGUGAUGAGGAUGAAUACAGUGACUCUGAUAAUGAAGAGCUGACCCUGGAAGACCAUGAGGAUGAUGAUGAAGAAGAGCUCCUAAAGCAGUCUGAGAAGAUGAAAAGGCAAAUGAGAUUGAAGAGAUACUUGGAGGAUGAGGCAGAGGUGUCAGGAAGUGAUGUGGGAAGUGAAGACGAGUAUGAUGGGGAAGAGAUUGAUGAAUAUGAAGAAGACGUGAUUGAUGAAGUACUUCCUUCUGAUGAGGAACUGGAGAGUCAAAUCAAGAAAAUACACAUGAAAACUAUGUUGGAUGAUGAUAAGAGACGACUGCGUUUAUACCAAGAGAGGUACCUUGCUGACGGGGAUCUGCACAGCGAUGGACCUGGACGAAUGAGGAAAUUUCGCUGGAAAAACAUAGAUGAUGCAUCCCAGAUGGAUUUGUUCCACAGAGACUCUGAUGAUGAUCAGUUUGAAGAACAGCUUGAUGAGACAGAAGCCAGAUGGAGGAAAGAGCGGAUUGAACGAGAGCAGUGGCUUCGGGAUCAGGCACAACAGGGGAAAAUCACAGCUGAAGAAGAAGAAGAAGUUGGGGAAGACAGUCAGUUUAUGUUGCUAGCCAGGAAAGUUACAGCCAAAGCCCUGCAGAAGAAUGCUAAUCGUGCUGUAGUUAUUCAGGAAUCAAAGUCUAUACCCAGUAACCCUUUUGAAGCCAUCAGACCAGGAAGUGCUCACCAGCCGAAGACGGGCUCAUUGCUAAACCAACCCAAGGCUGUGCUUCAGAAACUUGCUGCCCUCUCUGAUCUCAACCCCAGUGCUCCCCGAAAUUCAAGAAACUUUGUCUUUCAUACACUUUCUCCUGUCAAGGCAGAAGCAGCAAAGGAAUCAUCUAAGCCUCGGGUAAGAAGAAGGGGGCCAUCAUUAGUAACAUCCCCUUCUCCUAAGCGCCUCAAGACAGAUGAUAAUGUUCCAGUACCCAAACGAAGCAUCUUCAGAUACUUGGAAAGCUAACACCAUUGAGGGAUGCCAGCCUCUAUGCUGAGAUUGCUCUGAAAAGUUCUGGCACUGAAGGUUGAAAUUGACCUUCAUGCUGAUGACUUCUCUUUCCCUCAUACUCAAUGCAUUAAGAUUAUGGACAGAAAUUCCAGCUGUUCCUACUACAUGACUCUCAACAGCAUUUUCCUUUGCUAGCAUUUUCCAGUUUGGCCGCUCAUCUUAUUUCUACAGUUUCCAACAUCGCCUUAUGGAAUAAUUGAAGUCUCACUUCCUCCGUGAAGCAGUUGGCAUUAUUUUCCUAGCAGCUUCCUGGGUUGACACCACUUUGAAGGAAAGGUGUUUGGAGAAGAAAGUGUGGCUUUAUAGAAAAUUACAGACAGCACUGAAAGCCAGAAUGACUCCUCCGCACACAUAAGACCUGUAGCCUGGUAACCAGGACUGGGUCAGAGAGACUAACCAGAGAGACUAGCUGGAGGACUGGGAAGCAGCAGGUGGGCUGCUGCCUUAGUCUUGCUCCUUCUGUUUCUUAUUUGCUUCUUCCCAGGGUAGCUUUGACUUGCUAAUUAACCGUUACUGCCUUUAUAAUAAGGAUUUAAGCUGGCACCUAAUUUUCUGGAGCAUGGGAGGAAAAUAAAGGGGUAUACCUAGUACCCAUCCACAGUAGAUAACCUGUGGAGGAUAAUCUUUCCUGGGACUAAAUUCUUAAACUGAAGCACUUGGAGAGCCUCAUUCUCUUGCCUGACAAGAAGAAACACAACCAUUAUUUAUUGUAUUGUACGGCUGAGUAUGUUGCCCUGACCAGAGAAUAUUUUAAUAUUUCAUUCUAAUUUUGAGAGACAACCACCAUGGAAUUGAAUAAAAAUGUUGAUGAGAACUGUCAUCACUUCUCCUGUUCUUCAACUGCCACGAGGCUUUCAGAAAUUUACAUGAAUUUUCCCCCCCCAAAACUGAACAUUGG